AUGUCGACUCUCGGAAACAUCACCCUCUCCUCUUCCGCUUCCACCCCCAACGUGGUUGAACGUUCACCUGCUGAGGCUGCUGACCAGACCCUGUCCACCUCAACCGCGUCGCUGUCGUUCUACGCGGCCAGCUUGAACAUGAAAGACCGUCGGGCCUAUGAGCGGGAACGACAGCGUUCUAAGAAGACCGCAGAGCUCGUAAAGAACCGCGCGCUGAAGGAGCAGACACCCAGCCCUCCUGGAACACUCAGCGCGCCGCUCAGAGCUCUGUGGGCGCGUACGGUCUCAGGGAGACAACGCGAACACCCUCACGCCCAGCACGCCCAGCACGCCCAACCACAGGACUCGUCGACAUGCGCACCAUUCGCUGACAACGCUCCCAAGAGGGGCUUGUCAUCGCUGUUCACAGCUGUGGAUGAUGACAUGGUUACCGUGGACUCCCCCGGAGCACAUCCGUCGCGUCCUCUAUCUCCUCUACGCUCUGGCCGUAGCUCACCCAAACCUGAAGUGGCGCUUGUGGAUCUCAUCAACACGACAUCCCGAGUGCCUCGGAAGUCACGGAAAGGCAAAGAUGGAGAUUUCGAGUUCGUACCGCCUGUUCGCUCCGUCAUAGCUUUGGACGACAGUGACGCCCGAGAGCUGGGCGACGACACGGCGCUCAAUGAGCCUUGGGAGCAUGUCUAUUCGUCGGCAGGCGGGGAUGGAGACUUGGAGCCUGAGGUCGACUCGGGUCCUUACAAGGUCCCAUCCUACGCAGCCGUUCUGGCGACUAAGUGA